CAGGGGCCCAUCAGAGGAAAUGAAAUCUUACCUACCCCUUGGGGGAAACUUCACCCCCCCCCCCCACCAUCUCACUGGAGAAACAAUUUAUGUGAAACAAAAGGCCAAUCAGAGCAGUUGCCAUGGAAACUGGUGCUGUGCAGCAGCAGAGCAGGGGCGAGCUUGGUGGCAAGCGUCGCAGAAACCGAUCGCUUCAGCCGGAUGGAGCCAGCCUUUGAUUCCAUCCGAAUCAGCCCAGAAGAGGCUCACCGUAAACUUUGGCGACAUCUGAUCAGAUGUCAUUGGAAGGCUCUGAUCAGCUCUCCCUCCGUGGCGAUCUGCUGACGUCUCAUUUGAACCAGCCGGGUUAAAUGCAGGUUCUCGGGUGGUUCGUCUGCAGAGAAGGCAUUACACGAUAGCCAAAACACCUGUAGCAAGAAACAAAACCCUUUUAGUACUUCUAGAAGAAUGGCAAAGGAAGACAAAGAUGACAUUCAGCCAAGCGAGACAGUUGUAAAGAAGGGGGCAACCGGUCUGCUAAGGCUGUUUCAGGGGAGGAGCAGGAGGAACGAAGACGAGGACGUAAAACAAGAGAAACUGGACAACAGAGAUGAAACCUCCAUAACCGCUUUAUCUGUUGCUGGACAGUUGGAGCCAACCAGUAGGGGGCAACGUGAAGAUCCCGGUGAGGAUGACAGCACCAAGAGCCGGAUGAGGCAUCGGUGGUGUCAUCGAUUUUCCUCGGUGGUAGUUUGCAUGCGAAGGGACCAGGGUAGUUUAAAGAAGCCACAAGAGGAGCUAAAAACAGCUUCACUCAUUGAGGUGGAAGGAGACCAUCGUGUGGUUUUCAAAGUCAAUAAGAAGUUUAACGUGAGGACAAAGUUCAGCAGGUUCUUGACCUCAAACAUCUCUUGCCGAUCUGCUAAACGGGCUGGAGACAGGAAGGGCAGCGAAGCUUUACAAAACCUCCCAGGAAAACUGAGUAGGUUCUUUGUGAUUAAAAAAAAGACACGUUCCAUCACACAGGAAAAUGCAGAGAACAAAAGGGUGGAGGAGGAUCCAGUUGGUUUUGAUGUUCAAGCAGAUGAAUCCAUUGAACUGCAAGCAGCACCAGUCUCACCAAAGAGCUUUGAAGAUGAGACAAGUAGGACAUUCCAAACGGGUCUCCCAGAAGUUGAGAACCUCACCAACAACCGUGUUUCAGUCCAGGUUGAGUCACCAGAAGUAGACCUUUGUGAUUCUGUCAAAGUCAUGGUAGACUUUGGCGAUCAGCAAUCCUCUCAGCAAAAGAUCAAUCAAGGCAACUCCUUGUCCCUUCAGUCUUCCAUCAACGGACCCUCAAUUCGGAUUGAGCUCUGUCCACCAGUCCAACAGGAUGAAGAAGAGGAGGAGUGUUGGGCAAGCGGCCCUUACAGCACUCAUGUUCUCCAUUUGCCGGGCUUCAACCCCAGUGAGCGGCAGCUCCAUCACACGGCAUGCUCGCUGGUCCAGACCGCAAUGACUGCUGCCAUGGAUCAACUAACCAAAGAGCAGCAAUUGGGCUGCAUCAACUGAGAGGAAGGUAAUGUUUCCUGGUCUGAUAAUACCAAGGACCCUCUGGAAUAGAAGUUCAGGAUCAAGUCAGAAGGUCCAGAGAGUCAAUAAAGUUGAUUUUCUUUAAUUGUUUUAAAAUAGGUCUAUAAAAGAGAAUGUUUGAAGUUCAUGCCUCCAAAAAAAGAAGAACAAAAGAUGGAAAAACAGAAAUGGUUCUAAAACUGGUUAACUCUUUUAACACCCCAGCUUCAGUUCCAGUGUUGACAUUUUUUGACUACCAUAAUUCUUUGACCGUUUAUGCAAUUAACAUGAUUCCAGUGAAUUAUGAAGCAGAGAAAAGCAGCUUUGUGCCGUUACACAACACUUUACGUUAGUAAUGUGUAACACAUCGGGGAAAAGCACAAAUAUGAAAAGGCGCUGCACUCCCUGUCAGAAUCAGCUGAUUCACGUUGACCGCGCAAACGGUUGAAGAGUCACGAUAAGGCAAGGAGACUGUUUUAUUUAGGUGUUGUUGGCGACAUCUCCAGUGUUAAAGGAUUAAACUGCUUGACACCGUUACAUCAAAAUAUGCUAGCUUUCCCAAGUAUACUAAACGAAUUAGUAAAUAUUCAUCUGUAAAAUAAACAUUAAAUCACAAAAUCUCUAUCAUUGAAAACUACCUUUUAUUUCAAAGACUCUACUGUAAAUAUUUUGAUGAAUUAUGAUGGUAGCAACAGUGUACCUCCAAGAGUCACAUCAAUAGAACUUUACAUUUAAGUUGGAACCAUUGACUUUAUGUGAGAACUGGAUUGAGUGACCCCUCCCCCCUGGCGUUCCAGACAGGAAGUACCUGCUGGCUCCAAGAAACCAAAAUCCCAUAGACUUCUAGUUGAAAUAAACAGCUGUUACUCGGUUGAUAUAUCUUUCAGAACAACAAUUAUUGGUUUGUUACCUUCUUUCAUGAUAUUUCUUUGUUAUCACAAGUUAUUCAAUUAAUAAACUGGCAGUUUAUUAAUUGGCAAUCAGAUGCCUCAAUAAAAGUAUGUGGUCCCUGCUCGCCCCCAUGUCCAAAGGUCAAAACUUUUGAAUGACAGAUCUCUUGUAGCCCACUUCUAAGUGGCAGGGGUGUGGAUUUCCAACAAGCUCACUCCUGGUUGGUGAGAGUGACUGCCAUAGAAUUUCUGACUUAGACCAACUUGGACCAAUAACUGCUUACUGAUGAUUUCUGGUUCCAAACACGUUAACAUCCCUGUCGCCAAAAAACAACUGACUGAAUUGACCUAAUUUGGUUGGAGUCAGAAGUAAGCCAUUUUUAAAAUGUGAUGUCACACUCACUCGAUCCACUUCCCAUAUACAGUGAAUGGUUUAACCCUAUUCUCUACCUCUUUUUUGAAUGUUAACAUGUAAGAGUGUCCCACAUUUGAUCUGUAUGAAGCAGGGAUGCUACACAGCCUUUACAAAUGACUGCAUGUGAAGGUCGGGACAAACCAAUGUGUAAAAUACCUUUUUUCUGAUUUUCUUACUUGGAACAUUAAUGAUCUAUAAUUGCAUUCUUUGUGCUGUUACACAUGUUCCUUUGAUCUAUAGAACACUUUGUAACACUGGCCAACAGAACCUUUCUAUUUCUCUGCAUGGGUUUUCUUACAUCUUUCUUUUAAAUUAACAUCUGCAAGCUCUUCUGUACUUUUGAAUUCUUUUUUGUGAAAACAUUUAAUCCUGUGUUUUAUCAGUAAAAAUGGAGCACAGGUAACUGCACACCCUGGUUGAUUUACUAAUUUCUCUACCAACUAGCCUUUCAUGUUUCAGCCUAAGUAUAGGGACAAGUGCAGGAGGACGGCUAGGGGGUGGACUUGAGAUUUAGCUUGAAGUGAUGAUUGUGGUUAUCUGUCUAGAUCUCGUUAGAGGAGGAAGUUGUGUGUUUCUCAAAAUUAUCUCCUUCCUUUGGAAACCAGCUUCCUGUUCUUCUUCCCUUUUUUAUUAUACUAUUUUAUUUUAUUGUUUCAACAAGUGCUCAAAUGACAGAAAAUUGGACAAUGUUGUUGAGUGUGUGUAUUUUUACAGCUUGUGAGCAAACCGUUCCUGUUUUGAACACUAGGUAACUGAGUCUGUGUACAAACUUUAUUGUACGUACAACAGAAUACAACGGGUAACUUGUCAGUUUGUCCCAUUUUUUUAUCCGUGGCUGUCAAUAAAGAUAUUAUAUAAAUUA